CCCUCAAUCAUCAUAACCCCGACCAAAAUCCCCCAUGUCCAGGUCGUCGUCCUCUGCACCAAGGCCGUCGGCUACCAGCUGAAGACCCGCAGCGGCGGCCAGGACUACGAGGGCCUCUCCUACAUCUCCGGCUCCCCUUUCUUCAUCCUCGACAUGUUCAAUUUUCGCUCCAUCCCAAUCGAUGCCACCGCAAAAUCCGGCUGGGUCCAGGCUGACACCACCCUCGGCGAGCUCUACUACCGGAUCUGGCAGAAGAGCAACAUCCUUGGGUUCCCCGCCGAGAUCUGCCCCAUGGUCGGAGUCGGCGGGCACUUGAGCGGCGCCGGGUACGGGAACCUCUUGAGGAAGUACGGCCUCUCGACCGACAACGUUGUCGACGCCCAAAUCGUGGAUGUGAAUGGAAAACUUCUCGACAGGGCUUCGAUGGGGGAGGAUCUGUUCUGGGCGAUUCGUGGUGGCUGCGGAGCGAGUUUCAGGGUAGAGAAGUAUUUGGAGUAA